AUGUUCUCAAGCGCCAAAAGUUUCAUUCCAGUGUCCUCAGGUGGUAAGCUACCUUGGUACCACAAGGCUGAGCGGUACACUAAAAUCACCGACCACACUUCCGCUACCAAUGAUCAUUUUCCAGUAAAGGAAAUCAUUCGUAUCGUUGCUCUCGAGAACGACGCUAACCCAUGGCCUGCAGCGUCGACCAUUUCCCUCCUCAUUCUCUCCGGGCAGAAUUUCGACAUCAUCGGCUACGCCCAUCUAGUGCUCGUGGAAUUGCCUCUCACUUCGAAACGGCAGAGUAUUGCAGGUGCGGCAGUAUGCGUUCACUCCCCAUCAUUCCACAUACAACCACCCGGUCUGGACCACAAUAGACCACGACUGUAA